AAUUGUGGCUACGAAAAAUGUAGUGGUUUGUAAUUAAUUGUUUUUAAAAAUACGCCGCCGAGUAAUAUUUAGAAUAUAGGUCAUUUUGUUUUAUUAUAGACCACACAGCUGUUCUCGUCAGUACCAACAUGGUUGUAAUAAAGCCUCCACAGAGUCUGAAAAUAAAUCUUAGUAGACGAAAUCUACAAAUAAAGAAAUAUACAUAGCAGUUCUUUAAUAAGUCAGUUAAGCAAUGAUUAGUCUACAGGAUAGUAACACAACUGUCCCUACUGCCCCCACUGUGGUGGAGUUAGAGAAGGUUUUGUUUGGAGGAAAAAGGUUUGGUAAUCCUGUUGAUGAAGUUUGGCCUAACCUCUUCAUUGGUGACCUGUCUGUCGCCAAUGAUCGCUACAAAAUAUGGAAGAUGGGAAUCACUCAUAUUUUAAACGCAGCCCAUGGGAAAACACACUGUCAGGGGAGCCAUGACUUCUAUGGAUCCAAUGUGGAUUAUUAUGGAGUGCCUGCAGAUGACUCACCAACCUUUGACCUCUCUCACUAUUUCCUUCCCUCAGCUAAUUAUAUUAAGGAUGCACUUAGUAUGCCUGGAGCCAGGGUUUUUGUUCAUUGUGCAGUUGGAGUCAGCAGGUCUGCCUCCCUGGUCCUGGCCUACCUCAUGAUCCAUCACCGUUACACCCUAUUAGAGGCCAUCAAUAAGGUCAAAGAGCACAGGUGGAUUUUCCCAAACAGAGGAUUCCUCAAACAGCUCCGUGCUCUGGAUGAGAAAUUAUGUAAAACCUGAGAUCAUUUUAGUAAAAGAAAAACUGAAAUAAAUUAUUUUUUACUGAACAAAGUC